AUGCCUUUGGAAAAGGCCAAAUGGAAGGAGAUAGAUGAAGCCAUUAAGGAGAAGAUAUGUGAUCUUACACUGAAAAGAUUCGAGGUAGAAGACACUCCAGUUAUACGAAAAGUUAUCAAGUCUAUGGCCAAUGCAAGCUACCAUAAUUGGCGUGCUCGUUUGCAUCAACACUACAAGAUUUACAAGACUAUUGAGGAGCGACUCGCAAAUCCACCCAAGAAUGUUUCUAUUCAGCAAUGGAAGACAGUGAUGGAUUACUUUGGCAGUGAUAAAUUUCUGAAAAUCAGCCAAAGAAACUUGGAAAAUCGUAAGAGCCAUGAAACUCCCCAUGUUGCUGGUCGGAAAUCAUUCAAGUCUGUUAGCUUUGACAACCGAGACAUGGAAACAGGGAAAAAACCCAAUAUGCAAGAGUUGUGGAAGCUAACUCAUAUGAGGAGUAAUGGUUCUUGGGUGAAUGACAAGGCAAAACAAGUUGAUGAGGAUGUGUCGUAUCUUGUUAAUCAUUUCGUAGAAGGAGAGAGUUCUAACCAAUUAACAUCUGAUGAAGCAUUUAUCGAAGUGGUUGGUGAAAAGUCUAGUGCAAAUUAUGGUCCAAAACCUAUCAAGACUAGGGUGCGAAUUGAAGCACAAUUGGAAAAGGCUACCCAACAACGUGAUGAGGUUAUAAAAGACUUAAAGGAGUUGGAGGUGCGUUUUGAGGACCAGCGUGUGCGACAAGAGGAUGAGAUAUCACGCAUGAAGACUGAAAUGAAUGCUCAAAAGGCUGAGAUGGAUGCGCAAAGAGCUGAGAUGCAAUCCCAGCUUCAGAUUAUUAUGAGUCAAUUGCAUCCUAAUCAAGCUGCAUCUUAA